CUCUGCCCCUCUUCACUUCCCCCUUUCUUCUACUGCAUAUAUGUAGGCAUAUGUAAACCCCCUUCUCCAUGGAUCUAGCACAAAUCCAUGGAGAAGCUGCUUCAAAAAAGAGAUGAAUCUGGCACAUCACACCACCCUACUUGAUGUUACUGUUGGAUGGGUUAAACAAGCCAAAAACUACUUGGUGCAUGCCAAACAAGUUUCUACCGCCUGGAUGUGUUAAACAAGCCAACUAAAACAAAUUCACUGGCCAAUUAAAACAUGAUUAAAGCCAACUCAAACAAAAACAUGUUUUCUGGCCAACUAAAACAUGCAUGUUGGCCAAAACUGAGAAAAUGUAUCCUGGCCAACUGAGACAUCUAUUCUAGCCAACUAAAUACAUUAACUGUCUAACUGAACAUGCAUGUUGGCCAAAACUGAAAUAAAUGAAACCUGGCCAACUGAGACAUCUAUUCUAGCCAACUAAAAACAUUGAAUGUCCAACUGAAUAUGUAUGCUGGCCAACUGGAAAAAUGCAUCCUGGCAAUUGAGACAUCUAUUCUAGCGAAAACCAGAAAUCUGUAGUGCGACAGCAAAAACACAAGAACUUUUGUCCAUGGCUAAUGAAGCCACAAACCAUAUUAACAUAUUCACGCAUAUAAUCUUGUCCCACACAUAUAUCUGGUCCCACACCUAUUGCAAACCAUAUUAAUAUGUUCAAUAUACCAGAGCUAAAAACAUAAACGGCGAUGAAAAACAUAUAACUAUAAUUUGUCCUCCAAUUCUUCUUUCUUCUUUCACCUGGAUUUUCCGUCUCAAAUGUAACAUCAAAUUAUGUGCAGAAAAAAUCUGAAAGAGCUCCUUGUGAAACAGAAACCUACAGAUCAUUGCAACAAAACAAAGGGAAAAAGUCAGAAAACUCUGUAGUAAAAAGAAGUCAUGCUCUUGCCAGCUAUUUACUGCAAACUGUGCAACUAACAUAACAACUCUGUGCAAACAAAAAAAUUCAUAACUGUUAUAUGUGCAUGGAGUGUGUGGUUACCAACUAAGAUUGUCACAAAAUGGUGUGCAACUGCCUAUUUACUAAGUUUUUAGGUUGUUUGAAACACUCUUUUCUGUGGUUACCAACUGAUGACAUCAAUUUCUUCUUUUUUAUAUGUGCAUGGAGUGUGUGGCAGCAUCCAAAAAAAGGAAAAAAUGCUUGAUCUCAAUGAGUUGCCUCCUGAUCUCAAUGAGCUUCCUCAUGAUAUGGAUCAGCAGCAACCCAGCAUACAACAAGGAAAAUGGACAGAAAAUGUUCGAUUUGUUUACUACACGCAGUCAAGUCAUGAUGGUAACCCUAUGGGCCAUGACAAUGUGGCAGGCAAUCAUCAGACCGUGGUGCCCCUGUAGUGGUUUCUUUGCAGUCAGAGAGCCAUACUCUUGAUGACACGGGAACCGAGGAAAAUGUUCCUGGUCCAACCAGGACUGAGCUAGGAGCUGGGGCUGUUGACGGAGUUGUGCAAGGAGAAGGAGAGGAUGAGGCUGGUUCUCAAUCUAUGGAACCCUAUGUUGGCAUGAGAUUUGACAGCCUUCAAAUUGCUAAGGAUCACUACAACAGCUACGCACUACAGAUGGGUUUCUCUAUCAAGAUGAACACCUCUAGAUGGACACCCCGCACCAAUGAAUUGAUAAAACAACAGUUUUGCUGCAACAAGUUCAAGAAGCCCAAAGCUGAUGAUGGAGGAGCUGAGGCUCCUCCUGUCCUGGACCCUAUUCCAGAUCCAAAAUCUGUUGACAGUGAUGAGGAGAUGGAAGAAGAACCUCCAAUAUUUGCUGAAGAGGAGGAUGAUACUAGUAAGAAGAAGAAGAAGCGCAAACGCGAGACAAUAAAGCAGACUCAAUGCAAGGCGAAAAUGUUGGUGAAGCUGAUAGAUGGGCGAUGGGAAGUGACGCACUUUGUUCGUGACCACAAUCAUCCGCUCGUGAACAAACCUUCAUUCUCAAAAUACUUGAGAUCCCACCAAGGCAUCUCACCUGAUGAAAAGGAGUUUCUUUGCAUCUCGUAUAACUGCAACUUGACUACAGGACGUAUGAUGCAUGUAAUGGCAGAGUUCUAUGGAUCUGAGAUGAUGGUGCCGUUUGGACCAAAGGCAAUAACAAAUCUGUGUACAAGUUUCCGUAGAGAUGACACAAAGGAGGGUGAUCUGAUUGAGACAAUUGCGCACUUCAAGGAUAUACAAAAAACCGAUCCAGACUUCUUCUAUAAGGUGAAAUAUGAUGAAGAGGACAGAGUUGUCAACAUAUUUUGGGUGGAUGGCUUAGCUCGAAAAGCUUAUGCAGAGGCGUACCACGAUUGCAUAUCCUUUGACACCACCUACAUGACCAACAUGUACAAUAUGCCGUUCGCGCCCUUCAUAGGAAUAAAUCGACAUGGCCAAUCUUUCAUGCUGGGUUGCGCGUUUGUGAGGCAGGAGUUGGCAUCGAGCUUUGAUUGGGUCUUUGGAGCAUUCCUAGAGGCUAUGGAUGGCAAACCUCCUGACAACUUCAUCACCGAUCAGGAUGGUGUAAUGAGGCAAUCAAUACAGAGCAUCUUUCCAACCACCGUGCACCGCUGUUGUCGAUGGCACAUCAUGAAAAAGGCUCAGGAAAAACUUGGUUGGCUGCUGUGCCGGAAUCCAGGACUCUCUGAUGAUUUCAACAAGUGUGUUGACUUCAGCUUCACUAUAGACGAGUUUGAGCAGAAUUGAGCUGGGUUAAUGAUGAAGUACGAGGCUAUGACACACACGCACUUAGAGAAGUUGUACGAAUACAGGUCAACUUGGGUGCCGUGCUACUUCAAACACAGGUUCUUCCCCUUCCUACAGUCUACACAGCGUAGUGAGGGGUUCAACGCCGUCCUGAAAAGAUAUGUGAACCCACACAACUCAAUGCUGAACUUCGUCAAGCAAUAUGAAAAAAAUCCAGAACCACAUCCUUGCCAAGGAAGGCUGCAAUGAUUACAGGACAGAACACCUUGAGGUUGAGCUGUGGUCCAACUUCCCAAUAGAGAAGCAAGCUUACAAAACCUAUACUAGGGACCUUUACCGCAAGUUCUGAGAAGAGUUUGAGCUGAUUGGACAUUAUAAUGCAUUCCAAGUUGGUGCUGAUAUAUUUGAGCUCAGACCGAACCAGGAAUUUGUUGCCAAAUAUGGUUCUCGAAACUACUUGGUGCAGGCAAGGGUGGAGGAGGGUUCCUAUUUGUGUGAGUGCUGUAAAAUGGACAAGGACGGCAUCCUCUGUUGCCACAUCCUCAAUCAAAGAAGCAGACAAGGGAGAGGAACAUGAUAUACGAUUUUUGGAAACUAGCAAAGUUUGCGAGUGGUUCUGAUCCAGCACAAGCUAUUGUAUACAAGCAUAUGCGCGCAGCACGUACCGAGAUUGGCCACCUGAACAAGUCCAAGAAAAAGAAAAAACCGAUUGCUGCCACGGGGCCAUCAGAUGAUAGCAACCCUCGAGGACCUCCUCCACCUCCAGGCAGCAAUCAGGGGGCUCAUCAUCCAGGUAAUUACCUGCCCCAACUCCUGAUCUAACUAGGUGUGUAACUUCAGUUGCACACAUCAUUGUGCCUAGUUGCACACAUCAUGGUGCCCAGUUGCACAGAACAGGCUGCCUAGUUGCGCACGCUGUGUUAGUUCAAGCAUCAAGAUAACACAACUAACUUGUUUUUCCUGUUCUGGAUAUAGGUGAUGUCAACCCUCAAGGACCUCCUCCACCUCCUGGCUGUACACGGCAUCCUCCGCCACCUCCUCCCCCGCAUGCUCC